AAUCACAGACGUCCUGGAGGCCUGUCUUAACCAAGAGGAUCCGCAGCAUCAGAGCCGAGGAGCUGUUCGUCGUGGCUCGGCGUGUCUGCAACUGACGGCGAACAUGACCAAGGUGAAGCAGGUGGGUUUGCUGGCAGCAGGCUGCCAGCCCUGGAACAACGACGUCUGUGCCGCGAGUGGAGACCGCUUUGCCUACUGUGCCACACUCGCAAUAUACAUCUACCAGUUGGACCAGCAGUACAAUGAGUUCAAGCUGAAGUCCAUCAUGUCGGAACACAAGAAGACCAUCACAGCCAUCAGUUGGUGUCCAGACAACCCCGAUCUCUUUGCAUCAGCCUCCGCCGACAACCUGCUCAUCGUGUGGAACGUAGCGGAGCAAAAGGCCAUAGCGCGACUAGAAAACACCAAAGGCGUUCCCGCGGCGGUCAGUUGGUGCUGGAACUCCACUGACGGGGUGGCGUUUGUCUCCCAGCGUGGGCCGCUGCACAUUUGGGUCUAUGGGAACUCCGACCAGGGGGUCACGGUACAUAAAGAGGCCCACUCCUUCUUGUCGGAUAUAUGUAUCUUCAGAUGGCACCCCACUAAAAAGGGAAGGCUCGUAUUUGGACACACAGAUGGAAGUUUGUCUAUUUUUCAGCCAGGAUGCAAGAGUCAGAAGCACGUGUUGCGUCCUGAGUCUUUAGAGGGGACGGAUGAGGAGGACCCCGUCAGCGCUCUUGAAUGGGACGCCCUGUCGACAGACUAUUUGUUAGUUUCCAACCUCAAUAACGGUAUAAGACUGGUGGACAGCGAGGCCCUGGCUUGCAUCACGUCCUUCUGCUUCCCCUCAUCUGCCGCGUCAGUUCAGUGUCUGGCUUGGGUUCCCUCCGCCCCAGGCAUGUUCAUUACUGGAGAUUCCCAGGUCGGAGUGUUGCGAAUAUGGAAUGUGUCUCGCCCGACACCUUUGGACAGCAUCAAACUGAAGAAGACCGGAUUCCAUGCUUUACACGUCCUCAACUCUCCUCUUGCCAAGAAAGCUCAGAGUUUCUGCUCUCCCAGUAAAAGUCAGCACACGAGCUCUACCAGCGAGGCCGUGCCCCCGCCAACGCUUUCAGAGAGUCGGUCCUUCUCUUUACCUCCUGGUCAUGCCGUGUGCUGUUUCUUGGAUGGAGGAGUGGGACUGUAUGACAUGGGAGCUAAGAAGUGGGACUUCCUACGUGACUUGGGUCAUGUCGAGACCAUCUUUGACUGCAAAUUCAAACCGGAUGACCCAAAUCUGCUGGCCACAGCGAGCUUCGAUGGAACCAUCAAAAUCUGGGACACAAAUACUCUGACAGCAGUUUACACCUCCCCCGGCAAUGAAGGAGUGGUCUACUCCCUGUCUUGGGCUCCAGGCGACUUGAACUGCAUAGCGGGAGCAACGUCUCGCAAUGGAGCUUUCAUUUGGGACGUGAGGAAAGGAAAGAUCGUCACUCGCUUCGAUGAGCAUGGUAAAAAUGGUAUAUUUUGUAUAUCCUGGAGCCAUAAAGAUUCAAAGAGGAUUGCAACUUGUAGUGGAGAUGGAUUCUGUAUCAUUCGAACCAUCGAUGGUAAAAUCCUUCAUAAGUACAAACACCCUGCUGCAGUUUUUGGCUGUGACUGGAGUCAGAACAACAAAGAUAUGAUUGCAACCGGUUGUGAGGAUAAGAACGUGCGCGUGUACUACUUGGCCACCAGUUCAGACCAGCCGCUCAAGGUCUUUGCAGGACACCUAGCUAAAGUAUUUCAUGUGCGCUGGUCUCCACUCAGAGAGGGGAUACUCUGUUCCGGAUCAGAUGAUGGGACUGUUCGUAUAUGGGAUUACACCCAGGAUGCAUGCAUCAAUGUGCUGACUGGUCACACAUCUCCAGUUAGAGGCCUAAUGUGGAACACCGAGGUUCCGUAUCUACUAAUUUCAGGUUCUUGGGAUUAUACAAUCAGAGUUUGGGACACAAGAGACGGGACUUGUCUGGACACAGUCUAUGACCAUGGUGCCGAUGUCUAUGGGUUAACAUGCCAUCAGAGUCGCCCAUUCACCAUGGCCAGCUGUAGCAGAGAUAGCACCGUGCGUCUUUGGUCUUUGACGCCGCUCAUCUCUCCUCUGCUGGUAAACAUCCUCACCAACCAACCCUGGGAAAAGAUCAUAGGAAACACUGAUACAGCUAUGGUCCCUGGCUCUCCACCACUGCUCUGUGGUAAAGUCUCAAGAGACAUAAAACAGGAGCUGGAGAAACUGAACUGUGACGCCACCACCAAGAAGUUGCGAUGGUUCUCAGAAUGCUUUUCGCCACCAGGGGGCAGCAGCAACCUGUGGGACUUGGUAUCGGUCAUUAAUGGGCAGGACGACUCCCUGCUACCAGGCAGCUACAGCAGGGGUGUGAUGCACAUGAAGCACCUGCUGAAGUUUAAGACAUCCGAGGCCCAGGAACUGACGAUCGUCAAGAUGUCGAAAUUUGGCGGCGGGAUCGGCGCGCCCAGUAAAGAGGAGCGCCUCAAAGAAGCAGCAGAUAUCCACUUGAGGCUGGGACAGAUUCAACGAUUCUGUGAAUUGAUGGUGGAGCUCGGACAGUGGGAGAAGGCAUUAGCCGUAGCACCAGGAGUAUCCAUGAAGUACUGGAAAAAACUGAUGCAAAGGAGAGCUGACCAACUGAUGGCAGAGGAUAACGAUGACGCAAUCCCAUACUGCAUUGCCACAGCAGAUAUCAAGAAACUUGUGACCUUCUUCACUGGCAGAGGACAACUGGUUGAAGCAUUACUCAUUGCACAGGGAGCAUGCGAGGGAAACAUCCGUCCACCUCAAACGUCCUCGAUCAACCAUACGACUAACGAUGUGGACAACAAACAACAAUACCAAAGUCUCCUCCAUAAGGUAUGUGAACAGCUGGCUGAGUGGUAUUUCCAAGACGGCUGCGCGGUCCUGGCUGCAUGCUGCCACCUGGCGGUGGAUAACGUAAAGUUGGCCAUGUCGAGCCUGAUCAGAGGUAACGAGCUGGAGCUGGCUGCAUGCAUGGGUAUAGUUCUUGGACCGCCGGCUGACCAGAGCACCGCUUACUGCCUUGAGCUCCUGGCCAGGAAAUACAUGGCUCCGCCCACAUGGGAGCUCUCAGCUGAUAUACUUACAAUGAUUCCUGAGAACCAUACUUUACUGGCUAAGGUGUGUGCAUUUUACACAGGAAGCACUGCGGAAAUCAACCAAAUGCAUGAACGGUGCCGUCUUCCCCCAGUAGAGGUGUGCAAAGCCCUGGCAGAGGAAGCCAUGUGCGACGGAGAUCUCUUUUCAGCCGUUAAAUAUCACCUUCUGACCUCUGAACCCGAAAACGCCCUUAAGAUGGGGAUAGAUCAUAUCAAAGACCAGAUGAGUGGAUCCGACUGGACGGUGGACAGUGUUCGACCGAUCCUGGACUUGCUGAGUUAUAUCAAAACGGACCGACUUCUCAUGGCCAAGCUCACAGAAGCUCGCAGUGAGCUGUUGAUCCUGUGCGGUUACAUCGGAAGUCUGCUGGCCAUACAGAGACAGUACUCGAGCAUUGUACCCGCUCUGUACGAGUACACCAGUCAGUUAUUGAAGCGGAGAGAAGUGAAUCUUCCUCUGAAAAUUGAGCAGCUGUCGAUGGAGCUGGAUGCCUGGCGGGCGUGCACUCAAAGUAACAGCAAUCCUCCAUCCGAGUGUCAGAAAGAAAAGUUCCAAAGCCUUGAGAGGAGAAUCCUACCUUCGAACGCAGUGUUGUGUGGAGCUGAUUAUGUGACGGGUUCCAAUCUCCCGAGCCACUCCGAUGUUCAGCUUUCCUGUUUCACUGGUCACAGAAUACAGGGUCCUGUAUUUUUACUUGAAGAUGGCAAAUCUGCAAUUUCCCUGAAUGAUGCUUUAAUGUGGGCUAAAGUCAACCCUUUCUCCCCACUGGGAACAGGAGUGCGCAUCAACCCUUUCUAACACACACACAUGCACGCACGCACGCACACACACACACACACACACGCACACACACGCACACACACACACACACACACACACGCACACACACACACACACACACACACGCACGCACGCACACACACACACAUACUGGUUAUCAUUUGGAGUGGGGACCACCCUCUCUUCAGGUAGUGGAAGAAUAAAAAAAAUUUGAUAAAAUGGCCACUGCCCAGUUAGCUCAUACACGUCUUUAAAUCUCUGGAUUGUUGAAGUAAUGUCCUGAUCAUUCUUACUGGGGACCCUGGGGAAAAAAAAGAGUUAAUAUGAUUCAUGGAGACCAAGUUUUCAUUUAAAUAAUUUAAAUUGUAUUUUUUAAUUUAAAAAGGUUUCUCUUUAGGGGACCUGUUUUUUGUCCCCAUACCAUCAGAGGUCCCCUAAAGGUGACUGUGUAAACAGAGUGAUGUCCCCAUUAUGUGAGCAUUGCCAGAACACAUAUACACACAUACACACAUAUUCUGGUUAUUAUUCGGAAUGGGGACCAAGUUUUUGAUCAUGACUUGUGGGGUCCACCCUUUCUACAGGUUGUGGAGGCAUAAAAAAUAAGGUUAAAAUAGCCACUGCCCAGUUAGCUCAUACACGUAUUUAAAUCUCUGGAUUGAUGAAGUAAUGUGCUUAUCAUACUUACUGGGGACCCUGGGGAAAAAGUUAAUAUGUUUCACGUGGACCAAAUUGAAAUAAUUUUGCAUAAUUCACACACGUUUGUACGGGACUACUGAGGACCAUUUAAGAAAAAAAAAUCUAAUUAAAUAUGACAUGAUCCUCAGAAUCAUUUAAAAAUGUUUCCUUUUGGGGCACCUGUUUUUUUGGUCCCUAUACCGUCAGAAGUCCCCUAAAGGUGUGUAAACAGAGCGAUGUCUCCAUUAAGUCAGUAUUGCCAGAACACACACACACACACACUGCACGUACACACUGCAUAUACACAGGGCAUUGUUGUGAAACACAACGAUGAGCAAAAUAAAAGUGUUACUACUGGGAAAACACUACUGAGCCAACAAAUGUGAAAUCCUUUAAAGUAUUUGUUAGUAUAUAUAACAUUUUUUUGAAAGUUCCUUUUUUUUUUUUUUUUUUUACUUUGCCAGUAUCAGAAUCACUCUAUUGUAUUAAAAUACUCUGACAGAAUGUGAGUCAUAGUUUCUUACGUCAUAGUAAACAAUCGCUUAAAAAGCUGAAAUAAAACUAUCAUUCAAUGGCU